CAAAGUCCAUCACGCAGGAUACGCAUGUCAUUUUUAAUACAAUGUUAUGAUAUGAUGGUGUGAUCGGGGUAGUGGCGAUGAUAAAAAGAUAUGUUUGAGAUUAUUCUUGUCAAUAGUACUACCUUGUCAAGCCAAGAAUAUUACAAGUAUAUUAAAGACACAGACUAAGAGAAAAGUAGAAUAAAAAACCCAAAGACAUGAUAUUACUGUUUGUGCAAGCAGUUUUACUUGUUGCAAAUUUUGUAGUUGGAUUUUUAGUCUCAAUUCCUAUUGGCAUCAACAAGUCUAAACAUAAUGGCAAUUGCCUGUUGUACUCUUACGUUAGUCAGGGAAAAGAGGUGUCAGAAAUGUCGAUGGAUCUGGAUUCGGGCUCCAACAUGACAUGUAACUUUUGCAUAUUCACUGGAUCUGUGUCUUUGCUUUUAGCUGCUGUUUUAUUUAUUGGUACAUUGUUUUUACUGAUAAAAAGCAAUUACAUGAAGUUCAUGGUCUUGCCUAUGGGAAAGACUGGAAGAUCUGAAAUUAAGAAAAACAUCAGGAAGCCUUUGAUUGGUGCAUGGGUACAUUUUUGCACAUCAUCUGGAAUGACUCUUAUAUUAUUUGUGACAGCUUGCUUGAUAUCGGCUGGAUUUAACAAUUUUUGUGAGCAUGCACUUAAAAAGAUAAACAAGGAAAUUAGCAGUUGUGCACAGCUGGAAGAUUACAUGAAAUCCUUCUACACUGAUCUAAGUAUCGCUCAGGUAAGCUCUUGGACUGGUGCUGUUCUUUGGCUUGUGUUGGCAAUAAUGGGCAGAUUCCAAUUGAGGAAAUUAAACCCUAAAAAUAUCGCAUACAGCAGUAAUAGAACGGAAUCGGGCGACUACAGCCAAAUCGAGUCAGUGAGUGCAUUGUGAUGGCGUCGAGCAGAAUUUUGUUACUGAAAAACUUACAUGUGAAUUUUUUAGGUAUGGGAAAAGGUGAAAGCAAUAGUAUUGUCAAAUGUGGUCUAGUGACUGUGCAAUGUUAGGUCAGUGUUAGUGUGUUAAAGGAAUAGGAAACAUUUCAUUUUUCUUCAAUAUAUUUUUAAGAAAACGGAAAACAAAUAUUUUUAUUCUAAGAUCUUUAUUUUAACUUAAAUAUUUACCUUAAAAAUUUGUUAUAUGCAGUCACGCGGAAACUUGUAAUUAAGAAUGACAUGAUUUCGAGUCAGUUAUUUUCCAUGCAGUUAAUUUCUUAUAAAGACCACUGUUGUCCUGAAACAAAGUUGUGCUGAAUGCUUCUUGUUUUAACGAAAUAUUUUUUUUAACUGUUGUUUUGGUGAAUUUUUAUUUAAAACUAAAAUAAACGUUUGAGAGGAUUAUAAUAUUUUUGCUUCCUCUAAAGGGUGAAUUUGUGAAGCGCCUGCUCAAGUGGUGGAUGAUAAAUGUGGUCAUUUCUGAGAGUUAGAGGACAUUUUUUAUAUAUAUUUAGUUUUUUUCGUUUUUUAAAAGUGGGAUUCACGAACUGGCAUUUUUAAUUUUAAUCGUAGAAGAAACUUUCGCGAAACGGAAACUAUUGGUUAAUUUCGCAAAAUUUAUUUUCGCGAAUUAGGCAUAAGUUUGAAAUAAUCCAUGCAACCCUUAAGCAAAUGCAAUAUGUUUUUACGUUUUUAUUUUGUUAUUUAGUUUAUUUUGCUUGCUUGUUACAAUUCAUAGCUUAAUUUAUUAAACAUAUUUUCAGUUAUGAAAACACAACGUAUAUUAUAUAUUAGAUUUUAACAGAUCGAAAAAGCUUAAGUUUUAUUUUGUAAAAUACCUGUAUUUAGUUUUUGUUUUCAGAGGUUUAGAAAAUAUAUAUUUAAAAAAACCUAUUUUGAAAAUA